AUGGUUGAUAAAGAAACUUCAGCGGAUUCCAGCCCUUGGUCCCCUCCACACGUCUAUCAGGAAAUCAGAAACCACACAAGCAUCUCCGACUUCCGGCUCCUGGGCUUCUCUGACCACCCAGAGCAGCAGCCUCUCCUGUUCGGGCUCUUCCUGGGUAUAUACAUGGUCACCAUGCUGGGGAACCUGCUCAUCAUCUUGGCCAUAGUUUCUGACCAGCACCUCCACACCCCCAUGUACUUCUUCCUGGCCAACCUGUCCCUCAUUGAUACCUGCUUAUCCUGCACCAUUGUCCCCAAGGUGCUGGUGAACACCCUCACUCAGCACCACACCAUCACUUACACUGGCUGCCUCAUGCAGAUGUACUUCUUCAUAGCAUUGGCCCUGCUGGAUGACUUCCUGCUGGCCGUGAUGGCAUAUGAUCGCUAUGUGGCCAUCUGCCUUCCUCUCCACUACACCACCAUCAUGUGUCCCCAACGCUGCCUGCUGCUGAUCGCCUCAUCCUGGCUCUGCGCUCACCUCCUGGCCUUCUCACUCACCCUCCUCAUGACUCAGUUCUCCUUCUGUGCCUCCCAUUCCAUCCCACACUUUUUCUGUGAUGUACCACCACUCCUCAAACUUGCCUGCUCAGACACCCAGAUCUUUCAGGUCAUGAUGUUUGCUGAAGGAGCCCUCGCAGGUGUGGUCCCUCUCGCCUGUGUCCUGGUCUCUUAUGCCCACAUCAUGCACACCAUCCUCAGGGUCCCCUCAGCUGGGGGGAAGCACAAAGUCUUCUCGACAUGUGGCUCUCACCUGUCAGUGGUCACUCUCUACUAUGGGACACUUUUUUUGGUGUAUUUCCGGCCCUCAUCCUCCUACUCAGCAGACACUGGAAUGGUUGUAUCUGUGAUAUAUACAAUGGUCACCCCCAUGCUGAACCCAUUCAUUUACAGCCUGAGGAACAGAGACAUGAAGGGGGCUCUGUGGAGGCUCUCAGGCUGGAGAAGAUACUCUACUCUGUAA